AUGUUUGAGCGCGCAGGCAUCAGUUAUCUGAUCCUCGAAAAGGCCACCACCAUUCGUGCCCUUGGUUCUUCUUUGGGCUUGGAUGCUAGCUCUUUGCCUGUUAUGGAGCAGUUAGGGUUGCUUGAGGACUUUAUAAAGGUUUCCAAGCCUGUGAGACACUUUAACUUUUAUAAUGAAGGUGUCAAGCCAAUUGGAAUGGUGGAUUUCUCGGAUCUCGAGGAGAUCGGUGGGUAUCCGGCGAUUAUCCUGGACAGGCCAGCGUUCUACAACAUCCUUACGAAGAACAUCCCCAAAGAAAAGAUCAAGUACAACAAGCGUGUCCUCACCAUCACUCAAGACGAGGACGGCGCCACCGCUAACUGCUCCGACGGCAGCGCAUACUUGAGCACGAUUAUCAUUGGAGCCGAUGGCGCGUACAGCGCAGUCCGGCAGAACAUUUACAAGAGUCUUAAGGCCAAGGGCAAAUUGUCGUCCAACGAUGCCAAACCCCUUGGAUACAACCAGCACUGUCUCGUCGGCGUUAGCAAGCCAUUCGACCCGGAAUUGUACCCUAUUCUCAAGAACGAUUACACCGACUUUGAGAUUGUCAUCCCCAAAAACGAUCCCUUCUAUGCGGUUUACAUGCCCCUUCCUAACAACAGGAUCUCGUGGGCCAUCAUCCAGAACGUCCCUCGCGCCGACGAAUCCUCCGGCGACUCAUUCCGGUUCUCUGAAUGGGGUCCCCACGCUGCUCAAGAAAUGGCUGAUUUCGUCCGACAUCUUUCAAACCCGUUCGCGGAAGGUGGGACUCUAGGCGAUAUUAUUGAUAAUACCCCGAUGGAUUUGAUAUCCAAGAUCAUGCUGGAGGAGAAGUUUUUUGAGAGCUGGUUUGAGGAUCGUGUUGUCCUCCUUGGUGAUGGUAUGGUUGUCCCAAGUGCAGGACUAGGUGCCAACCUAGCAGUCCUAGAAGGCGUGCAUCUCUGCAAUCUCCUCGUCGACAUGCCAUCGACUGACCAAAAGGAUAUCACUCGUGUCUUUACGGCCUAUUACCGCCAACGCGCCAAGAUCGCUCGUCUCGCCCUCGGCAACUCGCGUCAGUUUGGAAAAGUCAUGGGUGAUCGGGGCCCGAUUUCACAAGUGGUACGCAAGUUGUUCCUGAACCAUGUCCCAGCAUGGAUGUCAAAACAGGCAAACACCCAACGGGUCCAAUACCGCCCACAAUUACAUUUCCUUCCACCUGCUCCUACAGAGACAAAGGGAAAAAUCCCCGCACGACCUCAGGAACCUAGGUUGGAUUGGGGGAGUAGAGGCCUUCAGAAGGGGUCUUUGCUUCCUCAUUAA